AUGCUAGGCCGCCUUGAAGGAAAGAUUGCUCUUGUAUCGGGCUCAGCCCAAGGAUUCGGACGCGGAAUCCUUGAGACCUUUGUCCGUGAGGGUGCACUAGUACUUGGACUGGACCUCCAAGCCACCGAUGGUCCCGUUGAUGGCUACUCCGAGGACGUGGCCUACCAGAUCAAGGCUAAUGUUGCCGAAGAAGCAAGUUGGAUCAAAGCGCUCGAAACCUCCAUUUCAAAGUUCGGCAAAGCUCCGUCAAUUGUCGUUCACAAUGCCGGCUGGUCGUACCCCAACAAGUCUGGACUCGAUGUGACCGUGGAAGAGUUUGACCGCCUAUUUAACGUCAACGUCAGAAGCAUCUAUCUCGCUUCCAAGGUCCUCGUCCCUGAAAUGAAAAAGAAUGGCCCGGGUUCCACCGUUGUGAUUUCUAGCGAGAAUGCUAUCCGCCCCGGUGCUACCCAGACAUGGUAUAACGCUACGAAGGCGGGUGUCUCUUCGGCCACAAAGUCGAUGGCCUUGGAAUUUGCCAGAGACCAACUGCGCUUCAAUACCAUCUGCCCGACCUCCGGAAACACACCUCUGUUGAACAAGUUCGCUGGUAUCGCAGAUGGGCCAGUGCCUGCGGAGAUCAUCAAGGCAAAGUGCGAGUCGAUUCCAAUCGGUCGCCUUGUAGAGCCGUCUGAUGUUGCGAACGUCGCUCUCUUCUUAGCGGAGCCUGCAAGCUCAAUUAUCAGUGGGGUUGAGAUUCUGGUUGAUGGUGCACGCUGUGUAUAG